CCUCUCAUUUACUCUUUUUUUUUCAUCAAAUGUCCUCCAACUUAGUUAAAUAACUCAGAAAUACUCAUUCUUGCUAAUGAUUACUGCAAAAUAUGACAAUUUAACCCUUGUUUUAAAGUUUGGUACUAGUGUUGGCAAAGUGACCGGUAAGGAAAAUGGCGGGCAUGUGUUGCUAUGGUAGGCUUUCACAGACCUUCAUCAACAAGAAAGUGCAAGGUGGUGUCUACUGCUGCUCCCCUACACCCAAUAACCAGAAGGUGAAAACCCAAACUCCCAAAUUCUUGAAACUUGCUGUUACUGGUGUAACUGAACUAUUAAGGCUCCUCUCCUCACCAACAAGAAACAGAUUGGAGAUAUAUGAUGAGGAAGGGGAUGAAGACCCUUUGGUCUCUAAUGUAGAUGAUGUCCUAAAGAUUAUCAAGUUAGAUUAUGAGAAAGCUUAUUUUGUUACAGGCCUCUUUACCAGUGGAAUUUACGCUGAAGACUGCAUCUUUGAAGAUCCAACUAUAAAAUUCCGUGGAAGGGACUUGUAUUCCCGGAAUUUGCAAUUGCUGGUACCCUUUUUUGAUAGUCCAUCAAUCAAAUUAGAAAAGAUUGAGAAGGGUAAUGAUUCUAAUGCAGAGGCCAUAAUGGCAUACUGGAAACUGAGAACAUCCCUCAAACUUCCAUGGAGGCCGCUCAUGUCCGUUGAUGGAAAUACGGUCUACGAUCUUGAUGAAAAACUCAAAAUUGUCAAGCAUGUUGAGAGCUGGAACAUUUCUGCUCUUGAAGCAGUCGGCCAGAUUUUUACACCUGGUUUGAGGAGCCCUGGUGGGUGAAAACUCUACAGAAGAUCCAUGAAAAAUCAGAUCUUUCUUUUUUAGCUUCUAUCCAGCAUGUAUACUCAAUCUCAGAACCACCUCUUACAGUUUACUCACAGCUUGAGUUGGAAAGACGGUUAUAUAGGUAAUAAAUAGGUGUCAUAAUUUCUCA